UACUUGAUUUCAGUUACUAUGGCGCUAAAAUUAUUUCCAAUUCAAUUCCCAGUCUUUUCACCGCCACUACUAAACCCUAAUGCAUACCCUAACCUACUAUCCCAACCUCACCACCGCUUCCCUUACGAGAUCAACUUCUCACGGUGGAACAACGCCAACGCCAGAGAAUUCAACGACCGCCGCCGCACACAGAAAGAAAUUGAAGACGAUAUCCGCCGUAAUCGCCGCUUCAAUGCCGCCACUAAUUUAAUCGAAAAGUACAAGUCCGACACAGGAAACUUAACAAACGACGACGUUCCUCAAAUCAAAUCCGUGGGCACACCAUCUUCUCCUUCAGCUUCGUCAAUCCCGGGUAAAAAAUCUAAAUAUUCCAAACCCGAAACCCGCACCGCCACCCACCACCCGGCAUUUCGACCGCUCUCCAAAACUAAAAAAAUUCCCAAACUGACACGUCAUGAUGCGCAGCCAAUUGAUAGAAAUGCUGACGUCAAACUCAGUGAAGACGGCCUCUCGUUCGUCGUUGACGGCGCUCCGUUUGAGUUCAAAUAUAGCUACACAGAGACUCCGAAAAUCAAGCCGGUUAAAUUACGGGAGGCUCCGUUUUCGCCGUUCGGACCCACCACGAUGGGCAGGCCGUGGACCGGGAGGGCCCCGCUUCCACCUAGCAAAAAAAAGUUGAGAGAGUUCGACUCGUUUAAGCUGCCCCCGCCGGAUAAGAAAGGGGUUAAACCAGUUCAGAAACCCGGACCGUUUCUUCCUGGGUCGGGUCCUAGGUAUGUGUAUACCCGAGAGGAGAUAUUAGGUGAGCCCUUGACUAAGGAGGAGAUUAGAGAGCUAAUUGAAGGGUGCUUGCGUACAAGACGCCAAUUAAAUAUGGGUAGAGAUGGAUUGACACAUAACAUGUUGGAUAAUAUACAUGCGCUUUGGAAGCGAAGAAGAGUGUGUAAAAUUAAAUGUAUAGGAGUAUGUACAGUUGAUAUGGACAAUGUAUGCCAACAAUUAGAGGAAAGAACUGGGGGAAAGGUCAUUUACAGGAAAUCGGGAGUGGUGUUUCUUUUUCGAGGUAGAAAUUAUAAUCAUAGAACUCGUCCUCGAUUUCCUCUUAUGUUGUGGAAACCCAUUACACCGGUGUAUCCAAGGUUGAUUAAGCGUGUUCCUGAGGGUUUGACAUUGGAAGAAGCCAGUGAAAUGCGUAAGAAGGGCAGGAAUCUGAUGCCAAUAUGCAGAUUAGCAAAAAAUGGCGUGCAUUGUGAUCUAGUAGAUCAGGUCCGAGAGGCUUUUGAAGAAUGUGAAUUGAUCAGAGUAGACUGUGGAAGGGUUAAAGGAAGUGACUACAGAAGAAUUGGUGCUAAACUAAAGGAGCUUGUCCCAUGUGUUCUAAUUUCAUUUGAACACGAGCAUAUACUUAUGUGGAGAGGAAGGAACUGGCAACCGGCUUUAAAUAAACCAGUAAACGAUAGCGAGGAAUUCGAGGGAUUGGAAAUUGAUAUUGCUACUUAUGAUGCACCGGUUAUGGAAGACCAAAUCAUUGAUAUGAUCUCACACAAAGAUGUUCUCGGUGAGCCAAAUUUGAGCUCAACUCCUUUGGAAUCUGAUGAGCAAGCCGGGGAUAUAUCCACAUUGCAAAUAGAUGGAAGUAAUUCAAUGAUUGAAGUUGUAGGCGAUUCUGAUGCCAAUGAGCCUGAAGUUAUCAGCAUUACAGUUGGUAGUGAAGCAGAGUCAAAUGAAAUGCCCGUUGCUAUGUCAGUGUCUUCGGAUACCAUGCCAGAAAAUGUUGGGACCAGCGAGGAGCUCGAUUAUGCUUCAGAAGGCUCCAACAAGGUUAACGAACAAGCAAAAUUGAGCGUCUAUUUUACUGACGGAGUUUUACGAUUGUGGAAAGAAGCCGUUGAGAGUGGGAACGCAGUUGUCUUGGUUGAUGCAAAUUUGGAUGAUGAUAUUGUUUAUCAAAGAGCAGUAGAAUUUGCUAAAUCUGCUCCGCCUGGUCCGGUUUUUAUGCAUCCAACCAGAAAGGUAUUUGUUAAAAAGUCUGAGAAGCAAGAAACCAAAAAUGUAGAAGAUAAAGAUUUUCUAGACCUAAAGGAUUCAGAAACUACUGUUUUACAGACGAGAGGAAGUGAGAGAAGUUCUAGACCUCCAAAAAAGAAAAAGUCCAGACAACAUAAUCUGGAUUCUGCUCCGCUGGGAAGUUUAGGAGUGGAUGAACUUGCUAAACUACUAGCAUGCCGCUAACUGUUUUUUAUUUUUUCAAUGUAUGUAAUAUAAUGUAUCUUUUUUAAGUCAUCGGUCGGUUCGAUAACAACUGUGCACCCCAGAACUGGUGAGUCCCAUAUAGGAGUAUAAACGAGCUGAGUUUCAAUUA